AUGAACCUCCACGCAGCCGCCCCCUCCCCCAAGGAGAAGUCCGCCACCCUGUUAUGGGCCUGCGCAACUGCCUCGACGGCAAUAAUAUGUCAGGACAACACAAUAUCCCCCUUGAAUUCGGGGAGCAACCCGAACAACCAUCCUUGGAGGCCUCAGGGGCAGCUGCCCCCAGUGCUGGGCCUAGCGCAGCCGAAGAAAUGGAGACCCAACCGUCUGGCAGCGAGCCCAUCCCCGUCGAGAUUGAAGGCGAGGCCUGUGGGCCCCCAGAGCUCUCCAGGCCCAACUUCCAGGGCCUGGGCAAGUCCGUGCAGGAAGCUGGAGCCCGUGGAGCCCACAGCCCACCUCCUGAGGAAGCCAUGCCCUUCGAGGUCAAGCAGCCCAGCUUGGGAGGCUUCUGGCCUACCCUGGAGCAGCCGGGAGACACCAGUGGGGCCCAUGCAGACCUCCAGGCCUUCAGCCCUGUGCACGUGGAGCCUGGAGCCCUCUGUGAGGUCAGAACAGAUCUGGGAAGCUACAGCCCUCCACCCGAAGAAGCCAUGCCCUAUGAGUGCGAGCAGCCUGCCCCGGGUGGCUGCGGCCAACCUCUCCUGCAGGUCUCAGACCUCGCUCCAGGAGGCCGGGGUGUGGGGGUCUUUAGCGCCCCCCCAGAGGAGCCCCAAGCCCUCAGACCUGCGAACGCAGUCUUCAGAGGAGGCUGCAGCCCUCCCCCUGAGGAGGCUAUGCCAUUUGAGUUUGAUGGAGCAGCCAUUGGGGACGACAGCCCACCCCCUGGGCUCCCCCGAGCUAACCUACAAAUCGACGACGGUGGCGGCAGCCAGUUCGCGGCAGCGGCGGAGCCGAGCGCGGUCCUCCUCGCUCCCGCCGCGAACNCCGCGAACGAGCCCCCCCCCCGGGUCCCGGGAGCCAUCGGCAGCUCAUCUCGAGAGGCUGUCAGACCUCCUCCACACUUCGUGGGCGACAGCCCCCCGAUGGAGAUCUCCGGACCCCCGCUCGAGAUUGGCAGAGCCCCCGUUGGGGUCGACGACGCUCCCGUCAACGUGGACAGCCCCCCAAUCGCGCUUGACAGCCCGCCCAUCGAGGUCUCCGGAGCCCCAGUUAAGAGAGAGCGAGCAGACG